AUGCCUCCAUGGGUGGCCUCUGCGUCGCGUUUGACGUCGCUGACAAGAGGGCGAGCUGUCGAACGACUGUCCACCGCCCUUCGCUGUCAUAAUGCAACGCCACGCGCGUUGAACCUCCGGGUCCGCUCCGCAUCCACACAUGUUUCGCCCACGGCGAUAAACCUGCGCCCCAACAUCCCCCCACGGAACAAGGAGCUAUACGAUGCAUUGUCUGCACUCAGCGGUACUGCCGAGACCCAUGUCAACAUCAGUAGGCUGCAAUUGGCGCUUAGCGGAUUGGCGGCGCAAGAUGCUGUCACGCGGGUUGCCGUUCUCGGCCUGAACGGCCAAACCAGCGCCCAGCGACUCGCGCGCCUCCUUCUUGCGGAUCCACUGGGCAACGAAGAGAGUUGGGAGAAGGAACUCGAGAAGGCUGGAGACGGGAACGAGAAGGCUGUGCUGCUAAAGUUCGGAGACGAGAACGACACGCACCGCCCGACACCGCUGUACAAAGUCCUUUCCGCCCCCUCGAGGGUCCUGCGAGCGCACAACCUGGAAGUCCUCGUCUCGACCUUGAAUGUGGACACCGCGAACAUGCUGAUGACCGCCUCAACGGAGAGCUCGGAGGAGUCGGUCCUGGUGCCCAAGCUGCAGGCUACUUCUGCGCGAGGCACACCCGUGCCAUACCCAGUGCACAAGACAUUGAUUCUUGGCGAAGGACUCGACAGCGCACUGGCGUUCGGUAGAUUCUCAUCCGACAGCGCCAAGGGCAUGCGUGAAAUGGUCAAGGUCGCAGUCGAUCUGCCUGCACCACAGAAAGAGGCACACACAGAUGCGCAAGCUGAGAGCGCAGUAAUUAACGUCCAAGUUGGCUCACAAGCGCUCGCAAGCUUCCGCGAAUCCGUCGCGAACUCACAGAUCUUCGAGCGCGGCUGGUUCAAGAGCGGUCUCCCCACUCUGUCCAAAUGGCUAAUCAGCGACCUCCAACCGGUCGAGCCCAUUAAGCCUACCAUGAGGACCCUUGUAUCUUCCAUUGCGGACGAUGUUGAAGCAAAGCUUCUCAAGGAAGACACAGCGCGCCUCACCCUUCUCGCAUCGAUAUCCACCGACCACGAGGCCACAGCAGCCAUAUCUAAUGCGCUCGACGUCUGGGCCGAGAGAAGUCACACUGAGCUCCGUGACGAAUUGGACGAAGCUUUUUCAGCGCGCAAUUGGCACAAGCUCAGCUGGUGGAAACUCUUGUGGCGUGUCGACGACGUGACUAUGCUCUCGCAGGAGAUCAUAGAGCGAAGAUGGCUCAUUAGCGCCGAGAAGAGCAGCAUCUUCCUGGCCGGACGCAUGGCACAGGCUGGCUUCCCCGAAGACUUGCCCGAGAAUGUAGUGUACGAGAUUCCGGUGACAACGACAGACACAGCACCCACUCUCGACAACCCACCGCCUACCAACCUCUCAACCGCAGUCCGCAAAGCCCAGCCUUGGUCAGAGAACAUAGCGACUGCGCGUGAGGAACUUGUAGCCGCGAACGUCCCUCCCCUCCAAGCACUCGCCCAAAGACUCAUCUUGCAGACCAUGUCCACGACAUCCCUAUCCAGCGCGUUGUCAGCGCUACUAUACGUCUCCUCGAGUUGUUCUGUGUUCGAAGCAGGCGCUGUUGCAGCGCUGGGCUUGACACUCAGCUUGAGACGAAUGCAGAAGUUGUGGGAAGGGGCACGAGAAAGCUGGCAAGGAACGGUGCGAGAGGAAGGGCGGCGGACGCUAAAAGCCACCGAGGACUUGGUCAGGCUCAUCAUCCGAUCCAAAGAACAAGGGAAGACUCAGGUAGAUGAGGGCGCUGUAGAGCGUCGACAGGCUAGAGAGGCCGUCAAGGCCGUUAGGGAGGCAUUGGCUAAGAUGAGCAAACAGACAGAAUAG